AUGUAAAAUAAAUACAUUCCAAUAACUAAAAACAUUCCAAAGACAAUAUUAAAUAGAAGGUUUAAGAAACUUUAAGAAUUAAUUGACAAUGAAGAAUACUUUAGUGAAGAAUAAAUAAGAAUGAGAGAUGUAUAUUAUAUUGUAAUUUAAGAUUAUAGCCAUUAUUAUAUUUUAUUUAUGUCGGCCAGUAUAUUCGUAACUAGAACAAAAAGCAAGAUACAAAUUUUAAUUUAUCAGAAUUAUUAAUAGAUUAAAUAUAGAAAUAAGAAUAUGAAAUUCAUUUAUAAGACAUGUAUGAUAAAUUAGGACCAAAUCAUGAUUAUCCUAGUAUAUAUAUAUAAAAAGUAGACAGAUUUAAUGAUUGAAGCUAGAAUAAAGGAUACAGAUUUAGAAGAUUAAGAGGAUAUACUAAUACGUUUGAUGCAUGAUAGAUUCAUAAAUGGAUUAGAUAAAGAUUUCAUUAAUUACGAAUAAAUAGAUUUAAAUGAGUAUAAUGAAAUAUAAUUUUAGAGAUUAUGAUGACUAGAAAUAGAUAAAUAUAGAUAUAGAAGAAGAAUAUUUUGAGAAUAUAAAUAUGGAUGAAAGAAAUGAAGAAGUAAAAUAAUCAGAAUAUACAGGAAUUUAAGAUUAUUGA